CUCUGUUUCGCUGUGUGGGCUAAGAGGUUCUAGUCACUUCUUGAUUGAUUGUUCCCUCUCUUUUCACUUACUGUAACAGCGACUGGUUUUCUCGGGGUUGAGGGUUUUAGGUUAGGUAGAGCCUAGAGGGGGAUUGAUGCUACUGCUAGCCGUCACAUUCCGUGGGAAGAAACUGCUCCUGAAUUGCAUGUGAGAAAGUUAGGCUGGCUGGUUUUUAUGUUAUGGCCUUUUAAAUUGUGGUCUCAGAGGCCGACAGCAGGAGGGGAUGAGAACUGGUGGUGGUCUUAAUGACUGAAACGGGCGUUGUUUCUAGCGUACUUUCUCCUCCCUCUCUCUGGAGUGUGAUCUUUCAGGUGGGGCGCGGGGGUGUUUUUCUUCUUUCCCCUUUCUUCUUCUUCUUCUUCCUUCCUCUGUUUCUUAGCCCCACAUUUUGAUGUAAAGUUCCGUCCUUUUUCUACCCCGGUACUUUCUCCGAAAUCCUCCAACUUCACUCUCUCGCCAUUUUUGUCCAUAGCUUUGGCCUUUCUUCUAAACAAGAUUUGAGGUUUCGCCUGUGUUGAACUGAAGAUGGGUCGAACUGGUUGAGCUAUUUUGGACUCAUGCAUUGGAGCUCAGCUGCUGACGCAGAAGCCGGUGAAAAAGCUGGGUUCUUUACGGUUUCAAGGUACGAGGGGAAAGGGAUUUUGUUCUUUGUUUCCUCUGUUGCCAUAAUGAAUGAAGGGUUCUUUCUUAGCUUGCUGUGGUUAAUGGUUAUAUUCUUGCUGAACAAAAAUCCCUGAGAAUUUGGGGAUACUAUCAAGGAACUAUUAAUUGAUUGAUUGGUGGCGAAAGGAGGAUCUUUGAUUCCUUGAACUCCGGCCAAUCCCACUGCUAUUCCGCCGAUUAGUUAGCGGGUUCUUACCGAAAGAAGAUGCGGCACUGCUUGAUUGGUUCAAUCAAAGAGAUUUUGUUGUUAUUACAUGCAUUAAUGUUGUGAUCAUGACCAAAGCUGUCGCCAGAACUAGUAGCAGGAGGAUUCUCAAGGAUGCAAAUGGCAAUAUCAGCGACCAUCUCCGCAACCACAUCCAUUUGACAAACUGCAUCCACCUCAAGAACCACAUGCACAAGCAGAGCCCGGUACUCAAUGACAGGGCCCUAAUGAGAGACCUCAUUAGCCUACAGAGGUCCCGUUCGCUUCGCGAUCCUUCGGCGAGCCCUCCUUCGUCGUGGAAGUCGCCCUCGGUUGUCGAUCUGCUGCCCAAGAAAGGUGAUCAUGACGAGGAGGAUAACAGUCUCCAUAUACAAGAAGGCAGGAGGUCUUCUGUUGGUAGAAGAGAGAGCAGCAGCAGGAGGUUGUCUGGUGGCUCGCCUCAGGUUUCAAUACAUCAACCAUCGAAGGUUGUUCCUGUAAGUGAUCGUAGUAGUAAGAGUGGGAUGAAGGAGGGUAGUGGGAGAGUUAGGAGGGAAGAAUCUAGUACUAGAAAGAGUGGUAGUAGAACUGAUGAUGUUAAUGGUCUAUCGUUUCGUGAUACGGUUUCUGGCAAUUUAGGGUCUAGAAAUGGGAAAAGUAGGCAGCAGAAGUCAAAGCAUAGUGAGGAUGAUGAACAUAGCAAGACUCUUUCUCAGCAGCUGAAGCAGGUAGCUGCUAUGGACAGUGAUGUAGCAGCAUCUUCUUCCAACAUUCAUUGUAAUGGUAGACUUGGUGGAGUUAAUCGGGUUAAAAGGCGUAAGUUUAGGGGUGCUAGGGGAAGAAGAAGUCGCGGUCCACCUUCUAGAGACAUUGGAGGAGGUCAUCAUCAGAAAGAAAUGUCUGCUGCAGCUUCUAAUUCACUACUAGCUCAAGAAAGAGAAGUAGAAGAAUAUGGAGAUCAAAAUGUCACGCAUGGUCCAAGAAAUGGAUGUGGGAUUCCAUGGAAUUGGUCAAGGAUUCACGAUAGGGGGAAAACAUUUCUCGACAGGGCUGGAAAGAGUCUGGCUUGUGGUCGGUCUGAGUCAAGGUUGAGGCGAGGCUCUCAUGAGAGGGACAUGGGUGAUAUGCCAAUGGCAUCUGGUCAAUCAAGUUCAGCGGCAUCAAGGUCUGGUUCUGAGGCACUGCCUCUAUUGGACCAACCUUCUGCUGGAUCGAGCGACAACAAUGCUCGUUGGACACAUGACUAUUCUGGUGAGCUUGGUCUAUAUGCUGAUAAUUUGCUGAGAAAUGAUCUUGAUUCUGAUCUUGCCUCUGAAGCUAGAUCGGGUGAUCGUGAAGGCAAUCAUCAUGGCCAGAAUCACAACCGAAGGCAUCAAAAUCUGACCCAAAAGUACAUGCCUAGAAGCUUUAGAGACCUUGUAGGACAGUAUCUGGUCUCACAGGCUCUUGCUAAUGCAGUCGUGAAACGGAAGGUUGGACUUCUGUAUGUAUUUUAUGGACCUCAAGGCACUGGCAAGACUUCCUGUGCCCGAAUUUUCGCUAGGGCUCUAAAUUGUCAGUCGAUGGAACAUUCCAAGCCUUGUGGUUACUGCAACUCUUGCUCUGCACAUGACAUGGGCAAGAACAAGAAUAUUAGAGAAGUUGGUCCUAAUUUUGACUUCGAAAUCUUCAUGGAUCUUCUUGACAACAUGAUCGUUUCCCAGUUGCCAUCUCAUUACAGGGUUUUCAUUUUUGAUGAUUGUGAUACUUUGUCCCCCGAAUGCUGGAGUGCGAUAUCAAAGGUUGUCGAUCGAGCUCCGAGGCGUGUGGUUUUCAUCCUUGUUAGUUCGAGUCUCGAUGUUUUGCCUCAUAUCAUUAUAUCGAGGUGCCAGAAAUUCUUCUUCCCAAAGUUGAAAGAUGCAGACAUUAUCUAUACUUUACAAUGGAUUGCUUCAAGAGAAGAUAUAGGCAUUGAUAAGGAUGCUUUGAAACUGAUUGCCUCUCGGUCAGAUGGAUCGCUGAGAGAUGCUGAGAUGACUCUCGAGCAACUUAGUUUGCUCGGGCAGAAGGUCUCUGUGCCUCUAAUUCAGGAGCUGGUUGGGCUAAUAUCUGAUGAAAAAUUGGUGGAUCUUCUUGACCUGGCAUUAUCUGCAGAUACAGUAAACACUGUGAAGAACUUGAGGGUCAUAAUGGAGACAGGUGUGGAGCCUUUAGCUUUAAUGUCGCAGCUUGCUACUGUUAUCACUGAUAUAUUAGCUGGAACAUAUGAUUUCACUAGAGAGCGGCAUAGACGGAAGUUUUUCAAGCGACAACCAAUGUUGAAGGAAGAAAUGGAGAAACUGCGGCAAGCAUUGAAAACAUUGUCCGAGGCUGAAAAGCAACUUAGGAUGUCUAACGACAAGCUGACAUGGCUAACAGCAGCACUGCUUCAACUUGCACCAGAUCAGCAAUAUCUGUUGCCUAGUUCAGAGCCCAGUUUAAAUCACAGUCCCCUGCCCGGCAGAAGAGAUACAACCACCAGAACAGGUGUUGAACAGUACACAGAGAUGGCUCCCCACAGCGAGAGAAGCUUACCUUCACAACAUCCUAACAGAUUAGAAAAAGAACUCCCUGCUAGAACUUCCAUUGAUCAGCAUGGAAACAGAUUGAAAAAUGGCGCCAACAUGGAGAUGAGAAGGCAGAUCCCAGGCAAAAGUCAUAUGGGAUAUGAAGAAAUUUGGAUUGAGGUGCUUGAGAAUAUUCAGAUGAAGGGUUUAAGGGACUUCUUGUACCAAGAAGGAACACUAAUUUCUGUCACAUUUGGUCCAGCUCCAACCGUGCAGCUGGUGUUCAGCUCACAGCUGACAAAAUCCAAGGCAGAGAAGUUCAGCACGCACAUCUUACAUGCGUUUGAAUCGGUUCUCGGUUCACCAGUGACGAUCGAAAUCAGAACAGAACCUUGCAAAAGCAGCAGACCGCACACUCAACUCGUUUUACCGAGCACCAAGAAAGGUUCGUCAACGUCACAUGUAGUAGCUAGAGAUGACAGGAGGACAGCUUCGAGGGCAGAAGAACAGUAUGAUAAUGCAGGGAGAGAUGACGAGAUCGUUGAAGAACAACUUUCCCCUAAACAUGCAGAUUUACAACAGCAUAAGCCAGCUGUUCCACGUAGAGUAGGGGAACUAAGCCACAGUAGGAGCCUUGUGAGAGGCAAGGUGUCCCUGGCUCAUGUGAUUCAGCAGCGGGUGGAAGGGUGUAAUCAGCCAAAUACAUGGUCGAGACGCACAGCAGUUUCCAUAGCCGAGAAGCUGGAACAAGAAAACUUGAGGCUGGAGCCUCGAUCGAGAAGUAGCAUGCUCUGCUGGAAAGCCACAAGAGUGACCCGUAGGAAGCUAUCUCGUUUGAAGGUCGGGGGAAGACGACCGCAGUCAUUGCUGAACUUGAUCUCCUGUGGGAAAUAUCUCUCCAGUAAACCCAGAUCACCCACCUAGAAAUACAAAUUGGGUUUCAUUUCUUCCUUCAUAGUAACGUUAAUGUAAAUUGUAAUCCAAUUUUUUCACGCCACAAUUACCACUUCCUUAGACAACCCAAUUUAGCCUCUUCACAAAUUUCAUCCUUGAAUAAAAUGCAAAAUCAAAGCUUUUAGAAGA